AUGGACGAGCGAGGCAGCUGCGCUGUUGUGGUACGUGACGCGACGAAGGACGAUAUGGCGGAAUUGUACGAAAUGAUACAGGAACUGGCGGUUUACGAAAAGUUGACAGACGACGCGCGACUCAACAUUGAAGACCUGGUGCGGGACGGCGCUGGGCCGCAGCCGUGGUUCGGCUGCAAGGUGGCGCGCGUGGGCGUGGACGUGGGCGUGGGCGUGGGGGUGGGCGAGGGGCGGGGGCCGCUGGCCGGGUACGCGCUGUUCCACCGCGCCUUCGGCACGUGCUCGGGCCGCUGCCUCAAGCUCGAGGACCUGUUCGUGCGCGAGCCGUUCCGCCGCCGCGGGGUCGGCGCCAGCCUCUUCGCCGCCGUGGCGGAGGAGGCGCUGGCGCUGGGCUGCCGGCGCCUCGAGCUGCACGUGCUGGCUUGGAACCCGGCGCGCUCCUUCUACGAGGCGCGGGGCGCCGAGGAGCUCUCCGCCCGCUGGCGCCUCUACCGCCUGGGGCCCGACGAGCUGCGCCGAGCGGCCCACGCCCACUCUUCCUCCCACGCCCACUCUUCCUCCCACGCCCACUCUUCCUCCCACGCCCACUCCCACUCC